AUGGAAUCUGCUGCUAUUCUCAAGAUGUUCAAACGAUCAGUUUCAAAGUAUGGAGUUUAUUAUACGAAGUACGUUGAUGAUGGUGAUUCUAAAACUUUUCCAGUUCUUUCCAAAAUUGUACCAUAUCCAGGAAAAGUUAUCGAAAAACUCGAAGACUUGAAUCAUUUUAGUAAAAGAAUGAAACGAGGAUUAGAAACAAUCAAACGUGAGCAUGGACGAAAAAAAUUAUCUGAUGGUAAAACAAUUGGUGGUAAGAAUCGUCUUUCAGGUCGUAAUAUAAUUCGAUUACAAAUGACAUUUGCCUCCACCAUUCGAAAAUGCAAGCAUGAUCUAAAUUUAUUAUUUGAAAGAUCUUGGGCAAUAUUUUGGCAUAAAUAUUCGACCAAUAAUGAUCCUCAUCAUGACUAUUGCAGUAUCGAUUGGUGUGGCUAUUUGAAAUCUGUACNAAAAUGGAGAAUUUUCAUGAAUCAAGAUUCUCGAUCAAUAAAAAUUCGCGGAUGA